AUGGCAUCUUUUAAGAAAAUUUUUAUCUCAUUGAUCUUUAUUAUUUCCUUUUUAUCGCAUUUCACUGCUGCAGGAUUGAUUCGUAGAUCCAAUGAUUGUGGCAGUGCUUUGAAAAAUUUCUGUAAAAGUUUAAUAGAGAAAGGAAAGAUUGAAUGCGCUUGUGAUGAAUUUGAAUUAUAUUUAAAUGGAGAUUGCUGUAAUAAUUCUCAAUUAAAUACAAUCCGCAGUCUUCUUACCAGUCUCGAAAAGUUAGACGUAUGCGAUAAAGAAGAGCCUGCUGAUGAAUAUCCAGAUAUUACUACAGAACUCAAAGCAGCAUGUAAAAAGUUAUAA